GCAUAGCGGUGCGAGCGACGAUAACCGUGACACUUUGUUCAGGAGUCAAACUGAAGAAGCGCACACCAUGGGGAUUGUCUACCUCAAGUGACAGUUUGCGCUUUAAUUAAACAUUUGAAUAUUCUUAAGCCUAAUUUUCGUCACGUACGCUCUCCAAAGUUAGCUGGAGCGGUUUUUGUAUUCUUAUCAUUAUAACCAGGGAGGCGCGGCACAGUGCUGACUGGCUGCUGAACGUUAGCUUGAAAACUGAAGUUGUUUCCAGUUCAGACGGGUUCACAAGGGAAGGAAACGACGCAAGAUGUACCAUGAAGAAACCACAACUUUACAAAAGCCACGCUAUGGAACCAUUCAGGAUGAUGAGCGUCUGUCAGCUGAGGAGAUGGAUGAGAGGAGACGACAGAACAUCGCCUACGAGUACCUGUGUCACCUGGAGGAGGCCAAACAGUGGAUGGAGGCAUGCUUAGAUGAGGAGCUGCCAACUACAACAGAACUAGAGGAGGGACUGAGGAAUGGGGUCUAUCUUGGCAAACUUUCAAACUUUUUUGCCCCCAAGAUGGUGUCAGAGAAAAGGAUCUAUGACAGAGACCAAUCACGCUAUAAGAGCAGAGGGCUGCACUUCAGACACACAGACAACACAGUGCAGUGGCUCAGAGCCAUGGAGUCAGUAGGUCUCCCUAAGAUUUUCUAUCCUGAAACAACAGAUGUAUAUGAUCGUAAGAACAUGCCUAAGGUGGUUUACUGCAUACAUGCACUGAGCUUGUACUUGUACAAACUGGGCAUCGCACCACAGAUCCAGGAUCUGCUGGGGAAAGUGGCCUUUACAGAGGAAGAGAUCAGUAACAUGAGGAGUGAGCUAGAGAAAUAUGGCAUUCAAAUGCCAGCUUUUAGUAAAAUUGGGGGAAUCCUGGCCAAUGAGCUGUCAGUGGAUGAAGCUGCCUUACAUGCUGCUGUGAUUGCCAUCAAUGAGGCUGUUGACAAAGGUCAGGCAUCUGUGACAAUGGGAGCCCUCAUUAAUCCUAAUGCGAUGCUGAGGAACAUACAGGAAGCUUUGGCCCAAGACUACCAGGACACAUUGAGCCAGGCGAAGGCUCGUAAGCAGAAUCAGUCUUCAGGCAGGCGCUCCUCGAUUGCAACUGAAGAAAGAGAUGUUUAUGAGGAGCUGCUGACUCAGCAGGAGAUCCAGGGCUGCAUUGAUUUUGUGAACAUCCAGGAAGCAGUCAGGCAGGUGAAUGAAGCUGUGUCAAAUCAAGAUGAGGCUGCUCUGUUGGCUGCACUCAGGCUUGAAGCUCUAGCCCUGCUGGGUGUUCAGGAGUCAAACAGUUGCUGGUACCUGGAACAUUUUACCACCUACUGCCAACAUAAAUCCAAGGAUGAAGGGAGGGCCGUGAUGGUGGACAAAGAGGAGAUUCAGAGAGUCGUCAGCUCUUGUAAUGACUUUGCUGAAGCAGAAAAACGAAAACUUGAUGCAGUUGCAGCAAUCAAUACAGCCAUACGUCUUGGGAAUGCCACGGAGACAGUGGAGGAGCUGAUGAACCCUGAGGCACAACUUCCAAUUGUCUAUCAGACUGCUGCCAACCUCUAUCAGGCUGAACUCUUCAGUUUGCAGCUACAAGGGGGGCGGUCUGGCUUGAGCCAUGAAGAGCUGAGCGUAGCUGUGGAGAUGCUUUCAGCUGUAGCAGUGCUGAAUGAGGUGCUGGAUACCAAAGACCCUCAGGCUGUGAUUGAACAACUGACAGACUCUCCUCUGGGCUUCACCAACAUGGACCAAGACAACCUCAACAGGUAUGCUGACACUCUUAUCAAAGAACGAGAAGAGGCUCUUGCCAAAGGCCAAGAGUUUCUCACCUGGAAUGACGUUCAAAAAUGCAUCGACACAGUCAAUGUGCAGGUCCAUGAGGAGCAUGAACGCAUAAUAGCUAUAGCGGAGAUCAAUGAGGCACUGAGCUCAGGUGAUCAUCAGCAGACUCUUGCAGCACUGCUCCUCCCCACAGCCAAGUUAACAGGGGUGAACCCAGCCACGGCCAAACACUACCAUGAUGUCCUUCAACACAUCAAGGAACUCCUCUGCCAGACUUCUGGAGAUGAGUCUGCAGUACUGUGGCUGGACCAAAUCCAAGAGGGCAUUCACACAGCCAACCAGGAUGAAGAGGAGGCUCUCACAUUGGCUGGAGCAGUUGAUGUUAUCAACAGGACGGUGGCAGAGGGAGAAUCUCAGAAUACGCUGCAGGCUUUACAAGUUCCCAGUGCAGGACUCAGAGCGGUGCUCUCUGAAUGUGCUGACACAUACCAGGCUGAGCUGCAACAGAGGCAAACAGCCAGUGCCACUGAAGGCAGCACUGAAAGCGUGUGGGUUAAACACAACAUCAAGGACAGAUAUGACUACUACUAUAACCUGGAGACUGGAAAGGGCACCUGGGAGGAGCCUGAAGGAUUUGAACACAAUUGUGGUCAUCUCAGUAAAGAGGAAAUCCAGGGUGUUGUCAGCAGUGUGACUGCAGAAUAUAACAGGGAACAGUUGUGGUUGGCCAAUGAGUCCUUGGUGACCCAGCUGCAGGCAAGGAUCAGAGGUUACCUAGUCAGGGAAAAGCAUCGCCAGAGGAUGGAGUAUCUACAUCAACAAGAGCCGCAUGUUGUGAAAUUGCAGGCUUGCUGGAAAGGCUACAAACAGAGGAAAAUGUACAAAGACAGGAUGAAUUUGCUUCAAAACAACGUUGAUUCUAUUGUUAAGAUCCAGGCUGUGGUGAAAAUGUGGAAAGCCAAGCGUAAAUACAAUCAGAGGUUGCAGUUUUUCAAAGAUCAUGAAAAGGACAUAGUAAAAAUCCAGGCUUUCCUGAAGGCCAACAAAGCCAGAGAUGACUACAGAACUCUCACUGGGGCCAAGGAUCCUCCUCUGUCAGUGGUGCGCAAGUUUGUCCACUUGUUGGAGCAGAGCUCUCUGGACCUUCAGGAGGAACAGGAAGUGACACGGCUCAGGGAAGAAGUGGUCACCAAUAUUCGCUCCAACCAGCAGAUGGAGAAAGACUUGAACCUGAUGGACAUUAAGAUCGGACUUCUGGUGAAGAACAGAAUCACUUUGCAGGAUGUCGUGUCCCAUAAUAAGAAAAUGAAGACCAUGAAAAAAGCAAGUAAAGAUAACUUGGCUGCAGGAGAGAGACUGGGUAUAAAGGGCCUAAAUAAAGGGAAAAGAAGGAAACUGGAGGCCUAUCAACACCUCUUCUACCUGCUACAGACCAAUCCACCCUACCUGGCCAAGCUAAUCUUCCAGAUGCCACAAAACAAGUCGACUAAGUUUAUGGACACUGUGAUCUUCACCUUGUACAACUACGCCUCUAACCAGAGAGAAGAAUACCUGCUGCUCAAGCUCUUUAAGACGGCUCUGGAGGAGGAAAUCAACUCUAAGGUGGACCAGAUCCAGGACAUAGUGACAGGGAACCCAACAGUCAUCAAGAUGGUGGUGAGCUUCAACAGAGGUGCACGAGGCCACAACACACUGAGGCAGCUGCUGGCCACUGUGGUCAAAGACAUCAUUGAGGACAAGAGUCUUGGCAUCAACACCAACCCAGUGGAUGUUUACAAAGCCUGGGUGAAUCAGCUGGAGACGGCCACUGGAGAGGCCAGUAAGCUGCCUUAUGAAGUGACCCCUGAGCAGGCCAUGUCACAUGAGGAAGUACGCAACAGGCUGGAGGCAUCAAGUCUGUCGCUGCGGGCAGCCACAGAUAAGGUCUUGAACUCCAUUGUGUCCUCACUGGAUAACAUCCCUUAUGGCAUGAGAUACAUAGCAAAAGUUCUGAAGAACACCCUCCAUGAAAAGUUUCCUGAUGCCUCAGAGGAUGAGCUGUUGAAGAUUGUCGGGAACCUGCUCUACUACCGCUACAUGAACCCAGCCAUCGUGGCCCCUGAUGGCUUUGACAUCAUAGACAUGUCAGCUGGAGGGCAGCUGCACUCGGACCAGCGUCGUAACCUGGGAUCUGUGGCAAAGAUGCUGCAGCAUGCUGCUGCUAAUAAGCUGUUUGAGGGAGAGAAUGCACAUAUGACACCUAUGAACAACUACAUAUCUCAGACUUAUGAGAAGUUCAGGUUAUUUUUCCAGGCAGCAUGUGAUGUUCCUGAGCCUGAGGAGAAGUUUAAUAUUGAUGAAUACUCAGACAUGGUGACUCUAAGCAAGCCGAUCAUCUACAUCUCAAUAGAGGAAAUCAUCAAUACUCACUCGCUGCUCCUGGAACAUCUGGAGGCCAUCUCUCCUGACCGCAAUGACUUACUACAUGAGCUGCUACAGGACCUGGGAGAUGUCCCUGAUGUUGAGGCAUUACUUGGUGAGGGAGCAGUGGACCCAAAUGAUCCAAACAGAGAGGGUGCUCUAAGCCAGCAGGCCAAGACGGAGAUCUCACUCACACUAACCAGCAAAUUUGAGCUGCUGGAAGGAGAUGACAAAGACUUGAAGACACUCAUGACAAAGACAAAAAAGCUUGUCGUGGAUGUGAUUCGAAUUCAGUCUGGAGAAACCUUACCUGAAAUUCUUGAGACCCCAGCUACUGCCCCACAGGAAUCAGAACAUACAAAGAUUGUAGAGCGCCGGGCCGUCCAGGAUGCUCAGACACCAGAGGGUCUGAAGAGCAGCCCAGCAGUGUUGGAGGACAGCCAGCUGCCUCUGGAGCAGAAGAAGAGGAAAAUUUUAAGAAACCUCCGUAACCUGGAGCAGGCUGGCCUUCUAACUGCCAAUAACAAAUACCAGGAUCUCAUCAACGACAUAUCAAAGGACAUUCGCUACCAAAGACGCUACAGGCAGAGGAGAAAAGCUGAGCUUGUGAAGCUGCGGCAGACACUGACAGCACUUAACUCAAAAACAGCUUUCUACCAGGACCAGAUGAACUAUUAUGACACCUACAUAAAGACCUGCCUGGAUAACCUCAACAGAAAAAAUUCACGCAGAUCUAUAAAACUGGACAGUAAAGGAGACACUAAGGGCAGUAAGAAGGCGAAGCCGCAGUCUCUGAAGUACACAGCAGCAAGACUCCAUGAGAAAGGAGUCAUCCUGGAGAUAGAAGGACUUCAGACAAACCAGUUCAAAAAUGUCAUGUUUGACAUUUCUCCUACUGAGGAAGUUGGGGAUUUUGAGGUGAAAGCCAAAUUUAUGGGAGUUGAGAUGGAAAAGGUUCAGCUUCAUUUCCAGGACCUCCUACAGCUGCAGUACGAAGGCGUUGCCGUCAUGAAGAUGUUUGAUAAAGCCAAAGUCAACGUCAAUUUGCUUAUCUUUCUCCUAAACAAAAAGUUCUAUGGAAAAUAAGAGUUAAGACAUAGUGUAGGGAUCAGUAGUAAAGGAGUGGUGACAUACUGUGCCUUCUGACGGGACAGAGAUUGUGGAAUAAGUUAGUCAGAAAUCGUGAGACGGUGCAGGACAGUGUUCCGUUUCUUCUGAUUAUAAUUUAAGGGAUCACACCAAAUGAAAUGUCAUUGUUCAAAUAAAUGUGUCUGUUGCAUGCUUUUCCACAUGGUGAUUGUAAAUGUAAUGUAUUUUAAGAUUUAAAUGUCUGGUUUUCACAUUUUGUAUGUAAAUGAUGUAGUUGUUAAAUUGAGUUUAAGGGUUUUUGAUGAAAUUUCAGAAGAAGCAGUACUGUCUUUGAGUGCAUGGAUGGAGCAGCUGACUACUUUCUCAUCCACCUGCAUGACCAGUGCCUUUUUAUCCAAAUGUUUAAAGAAACACAUUUUAAUUAAUAAAACAUUUAAAGUUUAAAAGCUACAACUGAUGUAUUUUAGUAUCGUCAGUCUAUGAAUGAUUUAUGUUUGAAUAAUGUUCAUAAUAAAUACCAUCUAUAAUUUUU